CAGCCAUGGUAGUCCAAAAACUCGGCAACAAUCGUUGGAAACGGUGACGCAACUCGCAGGCUAAGCGAAUCUCUCUCUAAUGCGCAGAGCGCGCGGUUUUAUUUCAACAAUAUUUUUCGCAAACUUUGAAUCGAAGAGUCCUAUACUGCGAUCCUCAAUUGUUCUGUGACAUUUGUUCAGUGCCUUCUUGACUAAUUGGAUAAUUUUUGCAAAAGGUUUUAAAUAAAUUUGAACCAUGGGCGAGUGCGCUAAGUGUUUACCAAGAAAUUUUUGCUGCUGUGGAUCCCUUAGGUUGGGAACCUUAGUGGCAGGAAUUUCAGGAAUAAUAUUAGCUAUUAUUGGGAUAAUAGUAAUUUUAUUGGUAAACGUAGACCUUAAAACCAUUGUGCUAGACUGGCUUCCAAAAUGGAUUGUUCAAAUUAUUAUUGUCAUAAACCUGGUAAUGACUAUAAUUAUAUCGUCUCUUCUCAUAGCUGGAACCUUAAAACGUAAUAUGUAUCUUAUGGCACCUUGGAUUAUAUUAGGAUUUAUGUUGGCUAUUGGUUUGUUAGUAUCUAUACUAAGAACUUCAAUUAACUUUUAUAUUGAACAUGAUAAUUUAAAUGGUUCCCUCUGGUUGGUCCUGGGACUUAUAGCUUUCGUUGUUUACUGCUAUAUGUGGCUUAUAGCAUUUAGUUUCUUUUACAUUAUAUACCAAGAAUCUGGAAGAGGAGCGUACACUAAAGACCCCUUUAGGAGACAAUAUUAAUUAAUAAUAUUUUCAAUGUUUAAGUUUUUAGGGGCUUACAAUAAGACUGACAUCAAAAAUAUUUAAUUUUAACUUCCACAUACUUAAAUAUGCCCCAUUCUUUGCUUAGGAUUUUGUCUAAACUCAUUUAGUAUUGUUAAUUUUCUAACAUCG